AUGAGCAACGCCAGGAAGCCCCCUCCUUCCCCCAAAUCCAAGGAGCAAGAUGAUGAAAGCCGGAGGGUAAACAGCCCCAGAGCAGGCCCUCCACUGCUCAGCAGCCUGAAAAAGGCCCCCACCCCGGAAUCACCUGUCUACCGCCCGACCCCCACCUCCGUACAAGGGUAUAUACAAGCCGAACCGCCCACCAACAAGUCCCUGUCCAGCCUGGUUGUACAGCUGCUGCAGUUUCAGGAAGAAGUUUUUGGCAAGCAUGUCAGCAACGCACCGCUCACUAAACUGCCGAUCAAAUGUUUCCUAGAUUUCAAAGCAGGAGGCUCCCUAUGCCACAUACUUGCAGCUGCCUACAAGUUCAAGAGUGACCAGGGAUGGCGGCGCUACGAUUUCCAGAAUCCGUCACGCAUGGACCGCAACGUGGAAAUGUUCAUGACCAUUGAGAAGUCCUUGGUGCAGAAUAAUUGCCUGUCUCGACCUAACAUUUUUCUGUGCCCAGAAAUUGAACCCAAACUGCUAGGGAAAUUAAAAGACAUUAUCAAGAGACAUCAGGGAACGGUCACCGAGGAUAAGAACAGCGCUUCCCACGUUGUGUAUCCCGUGCCAGGGAACCUGGAGGAAGAGGAAUGGGUACGGCCGGUCAUGAAGAGAGAUAAGCAGGUUCUUCUGCACUGGGGCUACUAUCCUGACAGUUAUGACACAUGGAUCCCAGCCAGUGAAAUUGAAGCAUCUGUGGAAGAUGCUCCAACUCCUGAGAAGCCUCGGAAGGUUCAUGCAAAAUGGAUCCUGGACACAGACACCUUCAAUGAGUGGAUGAAUGAGGAAGACUACGAAGUAAAUGAUGACAAAAACCCUGUCUCCCGCCGAAAGAAGAUUUCAGCCAAGACGCUGACAGAUGAGGUGAACAGCCCGGACUCGGACCGGCGGGACAAGAAGGGGGGCAACUACAAGAAGAGGAAGCGCUCCCCCUCGCCGUCGCCGACCCCGGAAGCCAAGAAGAAGAAUGCCAAGAAGGGCCCCUCAACCCCUUACACCAAGUCAAAGCGAGGCCACAGAGAGGAGGAGCAGGAGGACCUGACGAAGGACAUGGAUGAGCCCUCGCCCGUCCCCAACGUGGAGGAGGUGACACUGCCCAAGACAGUCAACACUAAGAAGGACUCGGAGUCAGCCCCAGUCAAAGGAGGCACCAUGACCGACCUGGAUGAACAAGAGGAUGAGAGCAUGGAGACCAUGGGGAAGGACGAGGACGAGAGCAGCCCGGGCAACAAGGGGGAGCAGACCAAGAACCCGGAGCUGCACGAGGACAACGUGACCGAGCAGACCCACCACAUCAUCAUCCCCAGCUACGCGGCCUGGUUUGACUACAACAGUGUUCACGCCAUCGAACGGAGGGCUCUCCCCGAGUUCUUCAAUGGCAAGAACAAGUCCAAGACUCCAGAAAUCUACCUGGCCUAUCGGAACUUCAUGAUUGACACUUACCGGCUGAACCCCCAAGAGUAUCUCACGUCCACCGCCUGUCGCAGGAACCUGGCGGGGGAUGUCUGUGCCAUCAUGAGGGUCCAUGCCUUCCUAGAGCAGUGGGGUCUCAUCAACUACCAGGUGGAUGCCGAGAGUCGACCAACUCCUAUGGGGCCUCCACCCACUUCUCACUUCCACGUCUUGGCGGACACACCGUCAGGGCUGGUGCCGCUGCAGCCCAAGACCCCGCAGGGCCGCCAGGGUGAUGCUGAUACCAAGGCUGGGCGAAAGGGCAAAGAGCUGGAUGACCUGGUGCCAGAGACGGCUAAGGGCAAGCCAGAGCUGCAGAACUCCGCUUCCCAGCAAAUGCUCAGCUUCCCCGACAAAGGCAAGGAGAAACCGGCGGACAUGCAGAACUUCGGGCUGCGCACGGACAUGUACACGAAGAAGAACGUGCCCUCCAAGAGCAAAGCCGCAGCCAGCGCCACUCGCGAGUGGACGGAACAGGAGACCCUGCUGCUCCUGGAGGCGCUGGAGAUGUACAAGGACGACUGGAACAAGGUGUCCGAGCACGUGGGCAGCCGCACGCAGGAUGAGUGCAUCUUGCAUUUCCUCCGGCUGCCCAUCGAAGACCCGUACCUGGAGGACUCGCAGGCCUCCCUGGGCCCCCUGGCCUACCAGCCCAUCCCCUUCAGCCAGUCAGGCAACCCUGUGAUGAGCACCGUUGCCUUCCUGGCCUCUGUCGUCGACCCUCGAGUGGCCUCAGCUGCUGCGAAGUCAGCCCUAGAAGAGUUCUCCAAAAUGAAGGAAGAGGUCCCCACAGCUUUGGUGGAGGCCCACGUUAGGAAAGUGGAAGAAGCUGCCAAAGUGACAGGCAAGGCGGACCCAGCCUUUGGUCUGGAAAGCAGUGGCAUCGCAGGGACCACCUCCGACGAGCCGGAGAGGAUCGAGGAGAGCGGGACUGACGAGGCGCGGGCGGAGGGCCAGGCCACAGAGGAUAAGAAGGAACCCAAGGAACCUCGAGAAGGAGUUGGGAUUGCGGAGGAAGAAGCAAAGGAGAAGACCAGUGAGCCACCCAAGAAGGACGAUGAGAAGGGGAAAGACGGCGACAGCGAGAAGGAGUCAGAGAAGGGUGACGGAGACCCGACAGCGGAUCCUGAGAAGCAGAAGGAGCCCAAGGAGGGGCAGGAGGAGGUGCUGAAAGAAGCCGCGGAGUCGGAGGGGGAGCGGAAGACGAAGGUGGAGCGUGACAUCGGCGAGGGCAACCUCUCCACUGCUGCCGCCGCUGCCCUGGCUGCCGCCGCCGUGAAGGCCAAGCACUUGGCUGCCGUUGAGGAGAGGAAGAUCAAAUCUCUGGUGGCCCUGCUGGUGGAGACCCAGAUGAAAAAGCUGGAAAUCAAACUCCGGCACUUUGAGGAGCUAGAGACGAUCAUGGACCGGGAGCGGGAAGCGCUGGAGUACCAGAGGCAGCAGCUGCUGGCCGACAGACAAGCCUUCCACAUGGAGCAGCUGAAGUACGCAGAGAUGCGGGCCCGGCAGCAGCACUUCCAGCAGAUGCACCAGCCGCCGCCGCCGCCGCCGCCACCGGCCCUGCCCCCGGGCUCCCAGCCAGUCCCGCCUCCAGGCGCCGCCGGGCCCCCCACUGUCCACGGCUUGGCCCUGGCUCCAGCCUCUGUGGCCCCGGCCCCUGCGGGCAGCGGGGCCCCUCCUGGAAGCCUGGGGCCCUCCGAACCGCUCGGGCAGGCAGGGCCUGCUGUGGGGCCACAGCAGCAGCCAGCAGCGGGAGCCCCGCAGGCUGGGGCCGUCCCACCAGGGGUGCCGCCCCCUGGACCCCACGGCCCCUCACCGUUCCCCAACCAACAAACUCCCUCAGUGAUGCCAGGGGCAGUGCCAGGCAGCGGGCACCCAGGCGUGGCGGGUAAUGCUCCUUUGGGUUUGCCUUUCGGCAUGCCGCCUCCCCCUCCCGCAUCAUCCAUCAUCCCGUUUGGUAGCCUAGCCGACUCCAUCAGUAUUAACCUCCCCCCUCCUCCUAACCUGCAUGGGCAUCACCACCAUCUCCCGUUCGCCCCGGCCACGCUCCCCCCACCUAACCUGCCUGUGUCCAUGGCGAACCCUCCACACCCUAACCUGCCGGCGACCACCACCAUGCCAUCUUUGCCUCUCGGGCCGGGGCUCGGAUCCGCCGCAGCCCAGAGCCCUGCCAUUGUGGCGGCUGUUCAGGGCAACCUGCUGCCCACUGCCAGCCCGCUGCCAGGUGAGGAGGGCCCUGCAGGGACGCGGGGGUGGGGGGUGGGGUCCCCGGGGCGGGGCGGAGGGCAGGUGGGGAGGGGCUCGGGGACCGGGGCUGCCAGGACCCUUUUUUUGAACGCUGUGGUAAAAUUAGAACACAGGAGGGAAGGGCCUCUCUGGCUGUCCCCCACCAUUCCCCAGCCUGGCAGCUGCCCCCUGGGAUGACGCUGGGGCCUUCCACUGGUGGGUCCUGGAGGAGUCCUGUGACAGAGCAUCUCAGUUGUAAAUUGGAAAGUCAGCUCCUUGUUUGCAUGACGUUUGCUUGUCCCCGUCACGCUCAGGUGCCCCAUGUAGAGUUCCCUGGGGGGGCAGGAGGACAGUUAGGGGCACAGCAGCUCUCCCAGCGUGUGGCAGGAGAGGGCGCUGGGGAAAGGAAGCUCUCCGUCGCGGGCACUCUCAUCUCCGUCCAUCGCAUGCCACGCCCGGCUGUGUGUCUGGUGGCCUGGAUCUGGACCCUCUCCUGCUCACCUCAGCUGAUGCAACUUUCUUCUCUCCACAGACCCAGGCACCCCCCUGCCUCCAGACCCCACGGCCCCGAGCCCAGGCACAGUCACCCCCGUGCCACCCCCACAGUGAGGAGCCGCGUGACAUCUCUCUCCCUCCUCACCCCCCGCGGAGAUCAAGGUUCCAGGAACAGCCCCGUCCCCACCACUGGGACCCUUCCCCAGCCUGGAGAGUUCGUCACUACGUAAGAAAGUCCUCCUGCCCCUCCAGAGCCCCCACCGUGCCUGUCAGGGGCAUGCGUUUUUAUAUUGGAUGAUUCAAGGACUUCUGUGGAAAAGAUGUUUCUAAUGUCUGGGAGGGAAGAUAGGAUGGGGACGCUGCCCUCAAAGGAAGGGCUGGGGAAGGUCUUAAUGAACCACUGUUAAGGGUACAUCCCCACAAACUACUGCAUUUUUUAUGGAUUGGGAAAAAAAAAAAGCCCUUUAAAAGGAAGUAGAGAUUUAAAAAAGCCCUCCAACCAGUGAGAAAAGUCCAACUUUUGCAUUUUUCGGAGGAGGGAGGUGAGUUUUAGGGAAGGGGUAUCUAGGUUCUGGGGAGAGCUCUGAUAGAAUAGUGGCAGGGUCUGUCUCCUCCAGCCCUCGUUAGCGAGUCAGCCCCCACCCGCUCGGCUGCCGUUUAUUCCCACUCCUGUCUCCUGCUUCCUCAGUGUCCUGCUUAGGCCCCCCCGGCUCAGCCAGUGACCCCGUUCCCUCUGAAUGUCAGUUUUGUGUUUUUAAAGUCUCCUGCGUAGUAGAUGUCAGCGUAUGUCUAUUUGGUGGGGAAACGUCUCGGGAAUUCCUGUGGUAGGUGGUGGAGGAAGAAGGGGCACAUGGGGCUGUGUGGCCUCCUCCCGGGCCUGAUUCCCGGAAGAUGCGGAGAGGGGAGCACCAAAAGAAUGGGAAGUUUUUAAAACGUGGGAUUGUCAAAAAAGCACUUAAGCACCUCCUUCUUAGAGGGACGUGGUGGGUCCCUCUGUCGCCUCUUCCCUCCCACCGUGACUGACGCGGCUGGUGGUGGGGAAUUCCCUGGGAUUUGGGGUGGCAGCUGGGUACGGGGGCCUGGCCUGGGGGCGUGCCAACCCCCCGAUGGCAGCGCGUGCUCAGCUCUGCUCCCCAGAUUGCAGCACCCCGAGUACCAGCCGUCCCCUCUUCAUCCCCGAUGUGAAGACAGCAGUGAUCCCAAGGCUCUCCGCCGAUUCGGUCCCUCCCGCCAGGCCCUUUGUUCCUCAUGUCCCCGUUUCUCCUCCUCUGCGUCUUGGCACCUUUCUUCUGUUCGAAAGUUUUCUGUAAAUUUUCUUUUCUUUUCCCCUUUUUUUUUAUAAAUUAAUUUGCUUUCUGUUC